AUGUCGCUUCGAGGGAUCGCUUUGGCGAUGCUGUCCGCCUCUGGUACGCAUACCCGUCACGUAUCCUUUCAACAGCGACUAACUCGUCCGAUAGCUCUUGUAGCAGCAGAUUUCAGUGCCCCUAUUCCACCAGCCCUGGUUACGCAGGCUCCACAAUGCCCCAGAAAUAUGGAUUGUGGGCCCAUGGAUCUUACGGAGGAGACUGUAUACGUUGGAGAGCCCAUUGUUGAAUAUCUACCUCGCAUACAUACCUUCAAUAAAACACACUCAAUCACCGAGACCUCCUACAAAGCCGUCGUGGAACUCGCUACCCAAAGCGUACAAGGAAUAUGCGAGAAGUUCGUUCCCGUCACCAGCACAGUCCGCCCGACGGUCACGGCUUGGAUCGACACGACCACAACGGCCCACUACUAUACCACUGAAACGACCGUCACGACAGAGUUGACGACUACCCACACUGCAGUCAUACCCACGGCGUGCUACCAGGGCAUCGGAAAACAGCCGGACAAGCCCUUCAAGCCCGUCACUUGCAAGUCGGAUGCACCUGUCUACUCAGCUCUAAGCAACCAGGAUACAGAGUCUGAUGCACCUGAUUAUGAAAUCUGA